AGUAGGCUAUUCCCAUCAACUCUCCACAGACUUGGUAUUUUUCCUGCUGUCACCACCCUCUCUACCCUUGUAUUGUCCCAGCGGUGGAGUCAGCAUGAUGUCAUCUAGGGAUGCGAUAGCCCUGGCAAGGUUCAAACAGGGUUUUUGGUGAGUGGUAGAGGAUCUAUGCUGAACUCUUACCGAGAGAGAGACAGAUAGGGGAAGAGCGAGAGGGAGAGAGGGAGAAAGGUAGAGUGUGUGUGUGUGUGAGAGAGAGAGAGAGGCGCGGAGGAGCUGCAAAACAUGGUAAUCACCACCAUCACCAUCACCUCCAGCUCUGCCGCGCACUCUCCCGUCUCCUCUCCUCCUCUGCACCGGGGCUUGCGUUUCAUGCCCAAAGCCCUGAUCUGCGCUCCCAAAAUAACCCUCAGCCAGCAUGCCGAAGGAAGCAAAACAAGAAGAGCGGUAUUUUUAGGGUCAUUAAUUUUGACCACGUGGCCCGAAGGUAAACCGGAUGGCCGUUGCGCAAAGGCUCCUCGUCAGUAUGUCCUGCGAGGCCGGCACGCCGCACUGGACGCUGACCGCGGUGGUUCUCCUGGGCUUUCUGCUGGGGAUCGUGUCAGCGUACCCUUUACCGAGCAGCAGGACAAAUGCAACUUUACUGGAGAAACGAUGGGAGACCCUCUUCUCCCGCUCUGUACUGGGGAUCUCAGGGGAGAAACCGGAGCUGAACUGGGAGAGUGACUAUCUGCUGGGCAUCAAAAGAGUGCGGAGGCUCUACUGCAACGUGGGCAUCGGGUUUCACCUUCAGAUCCUCCCCGACGGCGGGAUAAACGGUGCACAUAAUGAAAACCAGUACAGCCUAAUAGAGAUCUCUACGGUGGAGAGAGGAGUGGUGAGCCUAUAUGGGGUGAAGAGUGAGUUGUUUGUCGCAAUGAACAGCCGUGGAAGGUUAUACGGAACGACAGUCUUCCAUGACGAGUGCAAGUUCAAGGAGAGCUUGCUCCCAAACAACUACAACGCCUAUGAGUCUCUGGUUUACAGAGGCUCCUACAUAGCACUCAGCAAGCAUGGCCGAGUGAAGAGGGGCAACAAGGCCACCACUGCCAUGACUGUAACGCACUUCCUACCCAGAAUAUGAUGAGCAAAAACUGGCAAUAACAAACUUAUUUGCACAUGUGGAUUAUUUCCCAGGUAACAUAAAUACCAUAUACGUACGUACAAACACAAAAGACAAAAUGGACUGUAAAAGAAAGAAAUACCACUAUAUCUGAUAGUAUUUAUUCAAACUUUAUAUGUAUAUUUGGGUAGAUUACUUUGUAUUAGAAAUGAUGGAAAUGCCAUUCUUUGCUGCUUUUAUGAUUUUCAUCAUUUUUUGAUAUGAAGGGGAUGGAGAGACGUCAUUUAUCCCCUCAGUUUUUAUGGGUGCUUGCUGGAAUUGGUCUUGCACUGUCAGCGGAUGACAGUUGAUCCUCUUGGAAAUGAAAUGGAUACGUUAUUACCUCAAAGCACCAUAUCCUGAGCAGAAGAGGAAGAAGAAAAAGAGAAAUGUGUGCAUGAAAUUUGAGAAUUGAGAAGAAUGCCUGUUUACUUAAAAUGUUAGUUUUUUUCGUUGUCAUCCAUCAAGGCCUUGGACAUUUCCCAGUCUAUGUUCGAUUGUUACUGUCAGGGCAACUGGAGCACUUGCAAAUAUGACGGUGGUUUUUCUUGCUUCGUCAUGAGGUGGCGGUGUCUUGAAUUCUUACUUGCGGACCCCUUUGCCCUUGCAUGUGAGAAAUGUGGUGCUCAAGUCAGAAAUAGGAACGAAACGCAAGUCAUCACUCCCUCAGACACCACUGGGGGGCUUUAGCCCAAUUCCUCGAUGGCCAGAGGUUUCUCCACUUUAUUUUCUUUCCAUUAUUAGAUCAGUUAAGUAAUUGAGACUCUAUGCUGCACAGAACCCAGUGGAGCCUCUUGUUAUUAAUAUGGAAAGCUAGAUUUAGUCCACACCCCCCCACUAUCAUGUCCAAGGGAGCUUUGACAAUCCCAGGUUUUACUUUUACAAAUUUUGUAGCCAGAUCGUCAGGCCAGAUUGAGUGUGUACUAUAUGUGUGGGCAUGUAUUUAUUUUAUGUAUGUAUGUGGAAUUGCUUGGUUUGAGAGCAGCUUAAUUGGAAACGUUUUUUUUUCUCAUUGUGGGAGGUGGGGGGUGGAUAGACCUGACACUAUGAAGCAAAAUGUCCUCCAUUUCUGUCUGUUGAAUGUUAUAUUUCCCUCCAGUUCAUACUGAGUUGGUGCAAACUGUUGCAUCUGGUCUGUAGCUUUGAUAUUUUGUUGCUGAUUUUCGUUUUGAGUUUAUAGCAAAAAUGACGAUGGGAGCUGUUUGACUUUCACACUGGUUUGAUGAUAUUUGGCACUUAAAGUAACGUGUUUAUGCAGAAAGGAGUGCAGUUCCAGUGGAUGGCACUCAGUUGUCGAUUCACUGUAAACAUGAUGGUCUGCUGCAUUCAUUUGAAAUAGUGUAAAUAUUCCAGUUUGGUUUAGAGAGAACUGGAACUGCUUUAGAGUUCACGAUCCUGGGAUUUAUGAACACUGCUUAAGAUAACCCAGUCUGACAUUUAGAUGAUGUGGAUAGGGCUCAUGGAUCCCAGAUUUUUAAGCUAUUUAUGCAUUUAGAUUGGUCACUGAGUUACAGUACGGCUAUGAGCAAUGUUGCAAAAAGAAAUUAACCAAAUGGUUACAUCAGCAAUGUUCAUUCAGGCUUUGUGUAUGCAGCAUACCAUACUUGAAUUCAACAACUGCUUGCGCUCCUCUUUCAAAUACUGUAGUUUUCCAUUGUGUAGACGAGGGGGAGGAGGACAAAGAGCAAGCGGAGUUGAAGAUAGCAAUGAUGUACAGAGGACUUAAAUGGGACUCUGCAUGUGGCACUGGUUGUUUGUUUAACUUGGCGAGGAUGUGGAUAAUGUGGGGUAAAAUACCUGAGCAUCAGACUGGUGGGGCCCCUCGUCAGUUGAUGUCAGGCUGGACAGUCGGUGCAGGGCCCUUGGAUUCCUGUCCCAUUCAUCUGAGCCAUUUUUGUACCAAGGUCGAAGAUGUGGGCUCUGUGUCCUGUUAUUGAUGUAGGCGUGUUUUCUGGUCCCUCUCAACGACUUUUACCUUGUUUUUUUUUUACGGAGCUCUGCACCUGUUUCUUGAUCAAGACAAAAAUGUCUUGUAACGGGCAAUGAAGAUAUUAAUGAUUCUGCACCUUUCUUGUACUUCUGAGCGGAGUCUAUUUAACGUUGAAAUGAGGUGCGAUUGAGCUCAAUUUUGAAUGACUUUGAAUUAAAAUAUUAUAUUUUGGUACUUGAUGGUAUUUUGGUACCACCUGUCAGGCCAAUUUGGUUGAAACAUGAUUAAAAGAAAGUAGCAAGGUCUCAUUUAUAUGUUAUCGUAUUUUACCUCAUGCUCUUUCUAAAAUUUCUGUAAUGCACUGACAAAAUAUUGAUGAGCAAUGGUUUACAUGCCCUUUAAGCUCCAGCUUGUGUCUAGUAGCAGAGAGGAAUGUGCAGUAUCUGGUCAGAAUGAGUGUGUAUGUAAGCAUGUGUGCGUGUGCGUGUGUCCAGCUGAGCACGCUCCUGUCAUGUUCUGUUUCUGCCAAAGCGACAGUGGAGAUGGUAUCAGAUCAAUUUACCUUGAGUCAGGAAUAACAGGGCAUUGUCUGACUGUGCAAGCUGAUGUACUGUACUCUCCUCACAGGGGAGGAUAGAGACGAGAGGGAUGGAGAAAGGCAACACAGAGGCCACUGAGGGAUGUCUGUCAAAAGAAAGCACUGACUGUGGUUUGAGCUGGUGGUUUUGUAGCAAACGGCCACUAAAUAAAAUAAAUAAUCGAAUGCUUCCAGGAACGGGAGACCUGAGUUAAACAGGUUGUCUGGCAGACUGAAUACUGUGAUCCAAGAGAGCGACUCGACACUUCCAGGAUGUCAUGUUUAAUAUUUUUUGAAUACUGACACCUUGAGUGUCUUAUUACUCAUUUUGACUGAUCAGCCGUUAUCACAUCACUAUAAUCAGAAAAUGAUCACUUGUAACUUUUUCUGGACAGGUUUUGUGGCAGUGAGGAGUUGCUUGGAAAAGGUAUUUCGGCUAAUUUGUCAAAAUCUACAAAAUCUUCAUGGAGUGCAAUUUACUUGUGCAGGGAUAUAUGCCCCCCCCCCCCCCCCUUGCUAUGUUUUCAUCAAAACAAGCUGACAUGCAAGAUCAAAAGUACUUGUAUUUGAUGGCAACAUUGUGUUUAUUACUGUAUGUGAUUUCUGAUUUAAUAUAUGUUUCAGAGGUCGCUGUCAGCACAACAAGUGAUGAGCUGUAUGGCUGAAUGGGAAUUGUAAAGUUACAAUGGCUCCUCAAGUGGUAGGGCACACCUGAGAAGUUGUUAUUGUUUACAACAGAAACAACUUCACUUGGUGUCAGCUUUAUCAACGCUGGACAAUUGAAAGUUAAAAGGAAAGAUUACUCUAUUAGAAGCUCUACAACUUUUGCAUGCUGUUGUUUCAAAGCAGAAAAGGUUGUACGAUUUAACAGUGACUGGGAGAAGGUAGUUAAUGGUAAGAAAAAUAGCAUCUUUCAACAUUAACCCUCACGUCCUUAAUUCCUCAUUAUGCAUAUAGAGUUACGAACAGACUCGGUAUGUGUUAGCCCCUUUUAUUAAGGAUCCAGUGUCUGGAUUUUGCCAUUGUAAUUAUCAUACCUGUUCUGCUGGUUUUAAAAUGUGUUGGUUCACAGGGAACUGGAGGUCUGUGGGAGGAUCUGGGAUCAGACGUGUGUGUGUGUGUGUGUGUGUGUGUGUGUGUGUGUGUGUGUGUGUGUCCCUGUGUGCCAGCAGCCUUUGUGUUUCUCUCUCAGUUUUCUAUUCCUGCACUGAGGGGAGAGUGCUUCCUCUGAGUCCCCCUCCUCUUUUUUAACAUAUACCUCACCUUCUGCCUUAGUUCCGAUUAUUGAAAUGAUUGUAAAUUAGUUUGAAACAACAGACUUCUCCAAUCAUUUGUUUCUGAAAAAUAUGAUGACGAGUAAGUAAAAUACUAUAUGACAAAUGGUUUUCCUUUUAUUUUUGUACGUAUGUGCUGUGCACAGCAGUCAACUGUAUUCCUGAGAUGAUAAUAAAAGACGUUUUGUAAAAGCUGUUGUGACUGAAUGCUUUAAAGCUACAUGUUUACAUCGUCAUGCUUCUUGACCCUGAAUGACAGAUUAUUGCAGGCACUGAAAUUUGUUAAACCUAGAGACAAAAUCAUGAAUUACCAUGAGUCAGUAUGUGACGCCCUCUUCUGGUGAAGCUUGACAACAGGUAGAAGGGCAACAUUUUAACUGAUGUGUAAGUAAAUGCAGAUAUAAAUUAACCAAACUGAAACAGGAAAUAGUACAAAUUCAGUCACACUUUAUGGAUUCUUUUCUUAAUCGUUGAGUUUAGUUUAAGCCUAGUACAUUUCUGAACAUAGCUGUAAUUUAAAAUAGACAGAGUUUUAGUCAGUACACAGCAGGUCAGCUGAAUGUACAAAAAUGUCACAAGCAAACAUACAAGUCAAUAUAUUUUAAGUAUUUAAUAAUAAAUUAAUAUUUGUUUGGGCUUAAAUGGAGCAGGUCUUUCAAAGAAAUUCAUGUGAAAAUAAACAAAUGCUUCUCCAGCUCAACACAGCAAACUACAAUAACAG